CACCCGCCCCUCCUCCGACACAAUCGCCUUCUGUUUAGCACCGCCGGAGGAGGAGACCGCGGUUCGGGUACACCUGAUUUCGUUGAAGCCAUUCAUCAUCGACGUCCAUACAAUGCCGCAAGUACAGAAAAUCACUUCUUCGGAAGUGGCCAAGCAUGCGCUGGCCGAGGACUGCUGGAUCGUGGUCAACGGCAAGGUCUACGAUCUUACCAAAUUCGCCCCUAAUCAUCCCGGAGGAGCCGAGAUCAUCCAUCAAUUCGCCGGGAAAGAUGGCACCAAAACAUACAACAUGUACCACUCCAAGGAGCUCAUCGAAAAGGAAUUGGUCGACGAAGACAAGAAGGGCGACUUCGACGAAUCGUCAAUCGACUCCAAAUGGACCGAUGCCAACAAGGAAGACGAGUCAGCCAAGUCGCCAUUGGACCCCGAGCAGAAACCGCCUCUCGCAGCGCUGAUCAAUGCCGACGAUUUCGAACGGUCGUUCGAAAAAUACGGACCGAGGAAGCCGUGGGCGUACAUCACUGGAGCCUCCAACGACCUACUGACUUACGAUGCAAACAAAACAUGCUGGCACAAGCUCUGGUUUCGCCCGCGAAUCAUGCGCGAUGUCAAGGCUAUCACCACAAGGACGAAGAUGCUGGGUCAAGAGGUGACCAUGCCUCUCUUGAUUGCGCCCAUGGGCAUUGCCAAGACCGCUGGCGACGAAGGCGAGCUGGCACUCGGCGCCGGUGCUGCACGAGGUGGCAUCAUCCACGUCCAAUCUACCGCUGCAUCGUUCAGCGUCGAGGACAUCCUGGCCGCCGUGCCCAAAACACAUCCCUACUUCUUCCAGCUCUACGUCGACCGUAAUCGAAAGAAAACGGAAGAAUUACUCCAGCGACUGGAGACGAUGGAUCAGAUCAAGGCCAUCUUCGUCACGGUGGAUCUACCAGUGGUAUCGAAGCGAGAGGCGGACGAAAGAGUACUCGAAGAACAAAAAGUGUCGCUGUACUCCGGCGAUGGCGUUACUAACAAGCCCGACAAGAAGGGCGGUGGGUUGGCGAGAACCACGGGCGGUUUCAUCGAAUGGCAACUGACGUGGAACGAUCUUCCGUGGAUCAAGAGGUUCACCAGCAAACCCAUUGUGAUCAAGGGUAUUCAGACCGCCGCAGACGCAAAGCUUGCCCUCGAACUGGGUUGCGCGGGCAUUGUCGUGUCGAAUCAUGGUGGACGUGCUUUGGACAACGCUCCGGCGACACUUCUUUCACUCCUGGAGAUCAGAAGAGACUGUCCCGAAGUCUUCACCAGGAUGGAAGUGUACGUCGACGGCGGAGUGAGGAGAGGAUCAGACAUUCUCAAGGCUGUCAUGAUUGGCGCCCAGGGCGUGGGAGUCGGCCGCCCCUUCCAGUGCGCCGUCGCGUAUAACACGAAUGGUGUCGAGCACCUUUGUGACAUCUUCCAAGACGAACUGGAAACCGCCAUGCGGCUUUGCGGCGUGACGGAUUUGAACAAGGUGCGAGGCGACAUGCAAUAUCUCAACACCAGCGAGCUGGAUCAGUUCCUCCCUCCCAAGCCGCAGACUGGACUUUUUGGAUUCUUGCGAUCGAAGUUGUAAAUAAAGAGACCAACAAUCAUAGCAUAUCGACUGCUCAAUCCGAGUUGGUGUAGAGCAUGUAAGACUGGUUAGCUUUGUCUGCCAGGAUAACACACAAGCAAUCCGAACGAUCGUAUACAUCUGCGCCUGCAGGCUUUGCCUAGUAUUGUUCUCUGAAGUGGGAAUGCCGUCGAGUGCCAUUGAGUAUUUGGUCUGAAAGACGUUGCGCCACCCGCGGAGCAGAAGCAUCAGCCACAUCAAAAAAG